AUGGCAAUGCCCCAGAACUCCACCAGAGAAAAUGGCUUUUGUUUCGCUCAGCCCCUCGACUUCUCCUGCCCGUGCCCCGGCCCUGGCGAGGCGGGCCGGCCGCUGGCUGCAGCUGCUGCCAGGGAUGGCCACAGCACGGCCCUGAGCAAUGGCAUCGCCUCCUCGGGGGCUGCCAGCCCCUCCGAAUCCUGCUCCGAGCCCCUCUGCUCGCCCGCCCCGGCCGAGGAGGAGACGCCGCUGGAAGAAGGGAUUAAAUACGUGUCUGCCGAAGGAGAGGAACUGGCCUGCGGCUGGGGGGGCUUCACCCCCGGCUGCUUGCAGCUCUGCAACACGUCCAAAGGGGUCUUGUUCUUCCUCUGCGUGGCCUCUUUCCUGCAGGGCAUGACGGUGAACGGCUUCAUCAACACCGUCAUCACCUCCAUCGAGCGCCGCUUCGACCUGCGCAGUUACCAGAGCGGGCUGAUCGCCAGCUCCUACGACAUCGCGGCCUGCAUCUGCCUGACCUUCGUCAGCUACUUCGGGGGGAACGGCCACAAGCCCCGCUGGCUGGGCUGGGGGGUGCUGCUCAUGGGCCUGGGCUCCCUGCUCUUCGCCCUGCCCCACUUCACCACGGGGCAGUACGAGGCACGCUCAGCUGCCCUUGUGGGCGUCUGUGGGGGCAACCAGAGCCUGCCCUGCUCCCAGGCUGCCUCCAGCCUCUCCGGCUACAGGUUUGUCUUCAUGCUGGGGCAGUUCCUGCACGGGAUGGGAGCCACGCCGCUCUACACGCUCGGUGUCACCUACUUAGAUGAGAACGUCAAGACCAACUACUCCCCUGUGUACAUUGCUGUUUUCUACACUGCUGCAAUCCUUGGGCCUGCAGCGGGUUAUCUGGUAGGAGGAAUGUUUCUAAAUAUUUAUACUGAAAUUGGCAGAGAGAUCGACAUCGCCCCCGAGAACACGCUGUGGGUGGGGGCCUGGUGGAUCGGAUUCCUGGGGGCUGGAGCCGCCUCCCUGCUCAUCUCCAUCCCCAUCCUGGGCUACCCCCAGCGCCUCCCAGGAUCCCAGCGCUACAUCGUUAUGAGGGUGUCAGAGGCUCAUCAGCUAAAGGAUGGGAGCCACAAAAAAGCAUCGGAUCCGGAUUUUGGGAAAACAGUGAAAGAUCUGCCUCGGUCAGUGCUGCUACUUCUGAAGAACCCCACCUUCAUCUUCCUCUGCUUAGCAGGAGCAACCGAGGCAACCCUGAUUGCUGGGAUGUCCACGUUUGGACCCAAAUUCCUGGAGUCUCAGUUCAGUUUAAGUGCCUCUGAAGCUGCCACUUUUUUUGGUUAUCUGGUUGUACCAGCCGGAGGGGGAGGCACAUUCCUGGGAGGAUUCCUCGUGAAUAAAUUUAAACUGCGCUGUUCAGGAAUCAUCAAGUUGUGUUUGCUUUGCACAGUGUCGAGUCUGCUGGCCAUAUUCAUAUUUUUUAUCCACUGCCCUAACAUGCCCAUGGCAGGAGUAACCCAGAUGUACGAUGGAAGUGCUUUGCCAGGAGGGCACCUCAACCUGACAGCAGCCUGCAAUGCCCAGUGUGGCUGCUUGCAGGAGACCUACAGCCCUGUCUGUGGCACUGACCACAUCAUGUACUACUCUCCCUGCCAUGCUGGCUGCAAAAGGGUGGCUGAAAACCUCAGGAAUGGCAAGAAGGUCUACCACGAGUGUAGCUGUGUUGACAAAGCCCUCCUGCCUGGCUCUGGCAAAGCUGAGGCAGGGAAAUGCACCUCCUCCUGUGCAAAAAAGCCCUUGCUCCUUUGCUUCAUGUUUGUGGUCAUCCUCUUCACCUUCCUGAGCAGCAUUCCUGCCCUGACUGCCACCCUGAGGUGUGUCUCUGACAGACAAAGGUCCUUUGCACUCGGGAUCCAGUGGAUUGUGGUACGAACACUAGGAGGCAUCCCUGGCCCCAUUGCCUUUGGAUCCAUGGUUGAUAAAUCCUGCCUGCUCUGGCAGGACCAGUGUGGCGAGCAGGGCUCCUGCUACAUUUACCAGAACUCAGCCAUGAGCCGAUACACCCUCGUCGCUGGACUGGUCUACAAGGUCCUUGGGACAACCUUCUUUAUAGUGGCCUGUUUCCUCUACAAGCCCCCACCCCCGGAGUCAGCCCCAGGCAGCUCGGAUGCAUCCGAAAAUGGCACCAGUGACCUCCAGGAGCACAAGCCUUCACUGCCAGCUGAAGAGGAUUUAUAGUGCUGUCCACAUGCAAGCGACUUCCUCAGC